AUGUCGACGUUCAAUCCAGAUCUCAUGGAUCAUCAAGAGUACAUGGCAACACAGUUCAAUAUGGACGACUUGGCAUAUCAGCUCAACAACCCUAGCAAUCUCAAGACGGAUAUGCUCGGUAACUUCAUGCACCCGUUUGAGGACCUCGAGUUUCCAGAGGACCGAUCUCUAUCAUUCUCAGGCUCCUCAAGCCAGUCCAUUUCACCCCAACCACAUCACCGCCAAAUGAUGUCACAACAAUUGCCCGAACUACAAGGCACAAGCCCUCUGUUCAAUGCAGCCCGGUUCGAGCCCAUCUCGCCAGUCAGCUCUGAACAGUCAAUACCAUCAGGACGAAAAGACUCAUUUGACGAUGAUCACCGCACAGAACGGCGAAGAGCACAAAAUCGUGCUGCACAGCGCGCUUAUCGGCAGCGUAAAGACCAGAGUCUAAAGCAAAGAGAGCAGGAGGUUCAGUCGCUGAAGGAUGAGCUCGAGAAGGCGCAGAAGCUCAACAAGACGUUAUGCAAGGUCGUUGCCGUGCUUCGCGAAAGACUGAAGGAGCCAGCGGAGGAAGAGGAGCAAAGCUGA